AUGGCUGACAACGAAGCAAGAGCACUCCAAAAAAUGGCCGAAGGACGAAGAAAGAUGCAGGGAGGCGGUGGAUUCUUCGGCAGAGUUUUCGGAGGUGGCGGCGGAAGCGCAGAGGCUCCUGAUCUCUUUAUCCAGGGAGGUAAUCUGUUCAAGAUGGCCAGGAAAUGGAAAGAAGCCGGAGAAGCAUUCCUGGAGGCGGCCGAAUUCUAUGCCAGACAAGGAGACUCGAAGCAUGACUGCGCCACUCAAUACGCCGAGGCUGCCAAUUGUUUCCGCAAGAUUCAACCGGAGCGCGCAGUUCAAUGUCUCGAAAAGACUUCCGAAAUCUACACUGACAUGGGUCGUUUCACCAUGGCGGCCAAAAAUCACGUGAGCAUUGCCGAAUUGUACGAAACAGAAUUACCGGACAAAGAGCAAUGCGUAAAGAACUACCAACAAGCAGCCGAUUAUUAUAAAGGAGAAGAACAAAAAAGUAGUGCCAGCAAAUGUCUUAUUAAAGUAGCCAUGUUUUCUGCUGAGCUUGAGAAAUAUCCUCAGGCUGUUGCUGUAUUCGAAGAGAUUGCAUUCUAUGAAGCUGAUCACUCUACACUUAAGUAUGCUGCCAAAGGGCAUUUCUUCCAAGCUCUUCUCUGUCAUUUGUGUAUUGAUCCGAUCAACACACAACAAGCUAUUCAAAGAUACGAAAACGCGUCCCCAUCAUUCUCUGAUUCUCGUGAAUGCAAGUUUGUUAAGGAGUUGUUAGCAGCGAUUGAGGAGAAGAGUGAAGAGGCAUUCACUGAAGCUGUUGCUAACUUUGACAAAAUUAGCAGACUUGACAACUGGUCUACUGCUUUGCUCCUCAAGGUGAAGCGAACUAUCGAGGGCGGUGACGAUGAGGACGAUUUGCGAUAA